CUUGCUAUUUCGAGAUUUCGAUAAUCGCAAUAAUAUCGAAAUUAAUUGCCACUUCCUUUAGUGAGCGAUGGUGAUUGGUCGAUCGAAAUUAAUCGAAUAAUACGAAAUCUGAUUGGAUCGUCAUUAUAAUACGAACAAGUAUUACUUCUUUUUUUUUUUUUUAAACAUUCAAUUAACAUUAUUAGCAAAACAUUUAUUAAUUUUUAUCCUCAAUAAUGUUUAUGUCAAUAUCUUCUGCUUUAAUAGUAUAUUGUACAUUCAAAUAGAAGUAUUGCAAUAUGAUUCUAUUAUACUGAUUAUGUUGUUACGGGAUGGUGUUAUUGACUGAUUCGACAUGCUUGUUCAAAAAAAAAUAUCUUAAAAUAAAAAGUUAUAAAUUGCUAUAAAAAAAUGGUUAAAAAAAAGAUAAUUAGAAUUAUAAAUUGAAUUAGGAUCUCAUUGGUAUUUUUUCAAAAAAAAUUGUAAACGGAAUCAAUAGUUUUAUGUAUCACUAUCGAAAAAAAAUAAUAAUAUUGCUAUUAAUAUUAUGCUAUUGAUUUGACAAGAAAUCAAGCAAUAUGCAAAGAAAUUUGGGAUGUUCACGUACUCGUACUCUAGAUUCUUCUGUGGCUAUUAAAUUAACCAUGGGUCAAAAUUCUACGUUUCAAGAACGGCUCCUAAUGGAAAAUCCAAAUUUGUGGCACGAGUUCAAAGUUAUUAGAGGUGCUGAAUAUAACAAGGAAGAAGUAUUGAAAGCUAUAUUAAAUUCUAUAGAGCCUGUACAUUUGUUACCAGUGAAAUAUCAAGUGCGUGGCGAAGACUCAUAUUUUAUAGCUAACAAUUGUGGCCCUGCUAUAGAAAAGCUAUGCAGAUCUAGUUUAAUUAUUAAAAAUCCACAUGGUAAUCCUUUGAUAUUGACAAUAGUGUUGGGUUUUGCCUCGGUCCAUGAUUUAAAUGUUAAUAUUCAACCACUUCUUCUAACUACUUUGACAAGAAGGUAUGAUUCUAAUACAAAAUCAUUAGAUUUGGAAGCAUUUCAUAAGGAUUUAGAUUUAUCUAAAACUAUUUAUUGUCCUUUGUCUCAAAUGACAAAUUUGGAACAUGUAUUAAACGUAGCAAAGAAUACAGUAGCUACGUUUGAACAUUUGAAUUUAAAGCAUAAUGAAUUAUAUACGUUGGAUGCAAUGCAAUCUUUAGAUUUAAUCUCUUUAAAAUAUAUAGAUUUAAGGUACAAUAGCAUAAUGAAUAUGAAAGACCUUAGGGCCUUAAAAAAUUUAACAAUUGUGAAACUUUGGUUGGAUGGUAAUCCGCUAUGUGAAAAUUAUUCUAGUGCAAAACAAUAUAUAAAUUCUGUGAAGACAUAUUGCCCACAUAUAAUUCAGUUAGAUGGUGUAUCUAUAUCUGUUCCUGAUAUGCCACUAAUGUAUAAUAAUUACUUCAAAGACAGUACAAAACAGGAACUUGUAUAUCAGUUUGUUACACAUUUUUUCAAUUUAUAUGAUCAAGGAGAUAGAAUGGUUUUGAGAGGACUAUAUGAUAAACAUGCUUUUUACUCUUUCAGUUUCAGUAUUCCAUUUUCUAUUGCUCAUAGAAGAAAAUUAGUGCAAUUUACUACAAGUAGAAAUAUUUUAAAGAUAACAGAUCCUAAUAAAAGGGAUAAAUUUUUAUAUUAUGGGGAAGAUAAUAUAUUAAAUGCUCUAAAAAUAUUACCAAAGACUUAUCAUGAUAAAAAUUCAUUUCAAUAUGAUCUGAUGUAUGAUGACAAUGAAUGUAUAGCGAUAUCCAUUUCUGGAUUAUUUAAGAAUAAGAGUAGCGAUGCUCAAGUUCUAUCAUUUAAUAGAACUUUUAUUUUAUCAUUUAAUCGUGACAAUGAGUAUAAUAUUAUAAAUGAUCAGUAUAAUAUUGGUGAUGCUCCAGAUAAUAAAUCUUUAAUUAAUAUAGAUAGUACGGUAGCUAGUGAGGAUUUUACACCAGUAUGUUUUAGCUCAACAGAGAAAUUUGAAAUGAUUACGAAAUUUGGACAAAUAACUAAAUUAACCAAAGAUUGGUGUAAAACGUAUUUGAAAGAGGUAAACUGGGAUAUGCGAAAAAGUAUUCAAAAUUUUAUGAAGGAUUUAAAAAGAUCUGCCCUGUUUUAUCUUACGAGUGCUCCUAAAUGUCGUACGCUGUUACCAACAACAUAAUUUUGUUUGUUAAAUACGUUGAAUCUAUUUAAUGGCUCGUAAAUGAUAUAUUAUUUACGGAAUUUCUAUAGACGCAAAU